AUGACUGGCGAGCCCGCCGAUUGUGGUCCCCAGUCGGGUGAAACGCACCAAUUCGAACGCGAACUUUCCGAAAAUUCCAUGGAGUAUAUGAUAUUCAUUCUGGAUGACGCCGUAGGAGGCAUCAAAUAUUUGAGUCGCCUCGAAAGCAUAAGCAAAGAAGCCACGCGAUUGAUGGACAGCGUCGCCAAAAAUUACAUCUGGCAACGAGAUGAGUUUCGCCUCUCAGUUGUCAACGAGCAAGGAUCGAUACAUCUCCACGGCACCACAGAUUAUGGAGAUGCCGUGGAAGAUGAGUGGCUGAUUGUUUACGUUUUGCGCGAACUUUCCAAAGCCCACCCCGACAUCUUCAUCCGAGUAGUUGAUGAGGAUGGCGAAUUCCUCUUGGUGGAAGCAGCCAAUGUGCUACCGAACUGGCUAAAUCCUGAAAUAGAUCACUGCAGAGUUUGGUUACAAGGUGGAAAGCUUAAAAUUAUUCCUUUACAAAGCGACAAGACGAAGCCGACUGCUGCCAAGUCACUAACGUUAGCGGAUGCCAUAAAGUACCUACGAACCGAGCCUGAAAACCUCAUGCACUCACCGUCUAUUGAGGAUGAGGCAUUCUAUCGACUUGAAAAGUAUCCUAAACACGUGGACGCUUCGAUACAUCACCGCGCGUGUUCUUACUCUCGAAGAUGCAAGAAUCGUACUAUCCGCGGGCUUGCCAUUCUGCUUCAAGAUCUGAAAGAAGACGGCAACGAAGAACUCCCGACCAAUGCAGACAUUGAAACGUGGCUGGAUGUCAAACGAAACGACGAUGAAAGCUGGUUAGACAUCAACUAUGAAGAUUUUGAGCGCGAGUUGGAAGGAAAGACAACAAGAUCGGACGGCAAAAAUACGAGAUCUUCUGGGUUUGGAGAUACUAGAACACAAGAAGAUCUACGAAAGAUCGUGUCUCGCUUUGAGGCUUUCAUGAAUAAUGAGACAGCUGGCCUGGACGGGGCAGAUAUGGAUGAAAUGGAUAUGGACAAUGAGGAUGAAGACGACGGAACUGACGAAAAUAGCGACAUGGAGGACAAGGAAGUGAGUUUUGAUGAGCAGACUUUUUCUCGGAUGAUGAAGGAGAUGAUGGGGCUGCCAGCCGACCACCCUACUCUGGCUUCCACUGGCCACUAUGAAGGUAAAGCAGCAGAACAGAACACAGAUGCGCAGGGCACUAGUGAAGAGGAGGAUGACAUAAAAAAUAUGUCCCUGCAAAUGGAAGCCGAGCUCAAGAGCCAUGGUGCCCUGCGACUUGCUGGUUCCAAGUCUCAGCAAGAAAUCCGGGAGUACGAAGAUGAAGACUCUGAUGGAGAGGUUGAUAUAGACUACAAUCUGGCCAAAAAUCUCCUGGAGAGCUUCAAGAGCCAAGGUGGAAUGGCUGGCCCAACAGGAAACCUCCUGGGGCUCAUGGGUAUCCAACUACCGAGAGAUGAAGACGAUGGCGAGACGAAAGAAUAA